AUGGAUUCGGCGGCGUCUUCCUUGCCAAUGGGGCAGCAGGGAAAUAUAGAAAUACAAGAUGCCUCGACCCUUCCUGCGAAUGUCCCAUCUCAUGCGAAUCUCGAAAACGGAUACGAAGCGGCUGAAAGAUCGGACGAGGCGGAGGAAAUGGCAAUUAUAUCCUCACCAGAUGAGGUGGACGAGUCGCUCAUGGAAUUCGCAAUCAGUCAUGUUGCGUCGAGAAUGAAGGAUCCCAGGACUCCAGCGGUGGAGAAAGCUACGGCGAUGGAGGAAAUGGAUGGAGGGGGGUUUUUUGAGAGCGAUCCCGAAAGUCCGCCAGCUACGGAUCAGAAAGAAGUGUUGCUAGGCGAGGACGAUUCCACGGAUACACUCAGGAAUGUGAACGAGAACCAGGAACCGCCGCGGCAAGCCUCGAAUAAGACAGGACUGUCACUGGGCAAGCUGCCUUCCCCAAACCACGAAGCGCCAGCUGUGUUGCCGUCACCAUGGCAUGCUGGCCCGAAACCUUUACACGUGGAGAAGCCUGGUCCUCAGCCUGCACUGACGGGAGUGUUUUCUUCUAGAACGAGGUCACGAUCUGGUGGCGCGGAAGCUCUAAAGAAGUUCUUGCCAAAAGGUGUUGGGAAUUUCCUGGGAUCAAAUACGUCGUCGGGACCAAAGUCGCCAAAUAGGCUCAAUGAAAUGCGUCCGAACCGAGCAUCGACAUUAUUCAAUUCGCAAUCUAGCUCGCGAACCCAAUCCCCAGAACGAAGAACUUACCAGUCAAUUGUGACACGACCUGCGAAAAAUACACCAAAAGCGAUCCCUUUAGAUAUCGAUAGACCAAGAUCAAUAAGACGAGUAACAUCCGACGAAUCGUUGCUGUAUCACUCACUCUCAAGAGCGUCUUCCCUGGGAGAUGACACUAGAUUCGAGAGCCAAAAAGAACAAGUCAAUUCGCGCGCAAAAGCAAUUCGCGAUUCAUUGCAGGAUAGGUCCAGCUUUCGACUACCGUCCAUGCCAACAAUGCCAUCUAUGCCAAGUAUGCCUCGUGUACCCAGUUUUAGUUUCAACAUGAAUUUUUUGAAUGCGAGCAAUGUACCGGCUAGAAGCAGAACGAAUACUGAUAUGGUCUCAGAUAUUUUAUCAGGAAAUGUAAAGACUCGACCGGCUCUCAUAUCUAAUAAAGCGGCUGCCUCAGGUCUAGCAGGCGCUGCUGCUUCUCAACCGAAAGCAGCUGUUGACCCUAAACCGAUUAAUGAUGGCCAAUUACCUAGUUCGCUCCAGGCCGCGAUGGAAGAACUUACUGGAGAUGUUGUAAUUAUGGGUGGAUACCGUGGAUCGAUUUUACGAGCGACGAAAACUAAGAGACAGGUUUGGGUACCUGUCAAAGUUGGCCUGAAUAUAAGAAAGGUAGAUUUGGAAGUUGGCCUGGAACCGGAAGAUGAGGAAAGGAUGGAGGAAACCAUCUAUCCUUCUGGCAUGCUUACAAAUAUUGGUCCAGUGGAUAUCUCAAGACGACUUUUCAAGCGCCUUAAUGAGUGCGAAAAUGCAAAGAGUGGCAAGUUGAGAGUUUGGGAUUACGGCUAUGAUUGGAGACUUAGUCCACAUUUGCUGGCGCGGAAGCUUACAAAAUUCCUUGAAGGCCUACCUUCAAAUCAGCCUUCAAAAGAUGGAUCCGUUCAGGCUCCUGGAGGUGCCUUGGUCAUUGCACAUAGCUUGGGUGGACUUAUCACCCGUCACGUCGUCAACCACCGACCAGAGCUUUUCUCAGGAGUUAUAUACGCAGGCGUUCCCCAAGCCUGCGUCAACAUUCUUGGGCCUCUCAGAAAUGGAGAUGCGGUCCUGCUGAGCCAACGUGUAUUGACCGCCCAAGUCAACUUUACUCUCCGUACAAGCUUCGUCCUCCUCCCCGAAGACGGUGCCUGUUUCAUCGAUAUCAAAACCCGCGAGAAGUACCCCGUGGACUUUUUCAACAUAGACGACUGGAUCAAAUACCGCUGGUCACCCUGUACCGACCCUCCUCUACCCCCGAAAAACCCAGUCCAGCAAGGCGGCCUAGGAAGUCUCCUCAACAUGUCAUCCAGCCUCCUAAGUCUCCCCACAUCCGUAAAAUCACUAGGCUCCGCGUCGAACCCACCACCAUCAACCUCCCCGCCCUCCAAAACCACACGCGCAGCCGAAGUCCUGAAAUCCGCAGAAGGAGGCACCGACCGCACCCUCGCUCCUCAAAUGGGCGGCAUGUCCUCCAACACCACGAAAUCAAACUCCCAGUCCAUAUCCACCCACGUCACGCUCCCGCGGCCGGCGGCUAUCAAAUACCUCACGCGCACUCUCGCCGAAAUCAAGACAUUUAAAUCAGAACUUCAUCACCGUCCCCAUCUCGAGGCCGCGAAUCGGUACCCGCCAUUCGCACUUAUUUAUGGGAAGUCCAUCCCUACGUGUGCCGGGGCGAAGGUGGAUGGACGAGAUGGCAUUGCAUGUGCGGAUAGUUACGAUAAUUUGGCGUUUGGAAGUGGUGAUGGAGUGUGUCUUGCUAAAGAGGCGAUGUUGCCAGUUGGGUAUCGCGUUGUUAAGGGGGGACGGGUAGGGAGUGAACGCGGGCAUGUUACGCUUUUGGGUGAUUUGGAGGCGGUGGGUAGGGCGAUGGUUGCGGUUGCGAGGGGGAGGGGGAAGGGGAUUGGGUUGGGUUUGGUGGGGGGUGAGUAG